GCGCCUGCGCGCGGAGAGGCUGGCAUGCCAAUGGCUGGGGCGCCUGCCCGGCUCAGUCGAGCGAAGGCAGCAGGCAGGAGGACGCCUCAGAAGGAAGGAAGGCAGGAAGGAGCCCCCGCAGCCCAGCCAUGGUCUCCUGGAUCAUCUCCAGGCUAGUGGUGCUCAUAUUUGGCACUCUGUAUCCUGCGUAUUACUCUUACAAAGCUGUAAAGUCAAAGGAUAUUAAAGAAUACGUAAAAUGGAUGAUGUACUGGAUUAUAUUUGCACUCUUCACAACGGCAGAGACCUUCACGGACAUUUUUCUUUGCUGGUUUCCAUUUUAUUAUGAACUCAAAAUAGCUUUUGUAGCUUGGUUGUUGUCUCCAUACACAAAGGGCUCCAGCCUCCUUUAUAGAAAAUUUGUACACCCAACAUUGUCUUCAAAAGAAAAGGAAAUAGAUGACUGCCUAGUCCAAGCGAAAGAUCGAAGCUACGAUGCCCUUGUACACUUUGGGAAGCGGGGCUUAAAUGUCGCGGCCACAGCUGCUGUGAUGGCAGCUUCCAAGAGCCAAGGAGCUUUGUCAGAGAGACUUCGAAGCUUCAGUAUGCAAGAUCUCACAACAAUUAGAGGAGAGACUAGUAGCACAGUGACUCCAUCGCCGCCGCCUCCUGCGCCAUCAGGUUCGGUACGAUCAAGCAGCAAGGAGAGCCGGUCGAAAGCAUCCAAAAGCUCUUCGGAUAAUAUUGGACGCUCAGAGUGUGCAUGUUGUACAGUUUGCCAAGUUGUCCAAGUGGUUGAACUAGAGGGUGAGGCAGACACUGAAAACCCACCUGAGGCAAACAGUGAACCAACUGAUGUUGUCUUCUCAGAUGAUGAUGAGAAGGACUUGUUGGAUUGUACAGCCAAGGCUAAAAAACCUCAGGCAAAGAAUGCAGUCAUUGAGGCACCGCCUAGGAGCCUUAGACCUCGUUUCAGGAAAAAAAGUACCUCAUCGUCUACCACUGAAACCAUGUAAGUGUGAUGAGCCAUUAGCACCGAGAUCUACAGAAUGUCUCUCUUCUGCCUUAAAAGAUCUACUUCGUUAAUAAUGUAGAAAAAAAAACCCAGUGGUGAGAUGGAUGUGCUUGUGACAUUGCAGCAUUGUAAACAUGGCCUGUCAUGCUUUCUUUUUCAUAUGCUGUUUGUUCUAUGACCAUCUGUGUACAUUGCAACCUGGUAGGCAAAAGCAAUGCUUCUUGCUACCCCUUCGGAUUUAUUUGCAAAAUAGCAAUUUUUUUCAGCUCUAAUGCUGAGGCUGUAUAUUUGUAAUUACUUGUUACAUCACUUUAUUUUAAUUCUAUGAAUGCGAUUGAAGAAAAGAAUUGUUCAUUUAAUCUUAAUAUCUGGAAUAAUAUUUAUUUGGGGGUUCCCAGUGUAUAAAGUAGACUGGCAGGGGCCACAGGUUUUCUACCCAAACUGUAUCCAUCUUAUCUGUAUAGCAAGACUGUGAAUGAUGUGAGAAAGCAUUAUUUUGACUGUAUAAGCUUUGACGACUUAAUAGCAAAUCUGAGCUACAUCACAAUUUCUUCUCUAUAUUUCAUUUACUGUAGAUCUGUCACAGUGCAUGUUUGUGUCACAAAAUCAUUUGGACAGUGCCCCUAAGUAUACAGGAUUCAAACAAUAUUGUAAAAAAGUGUCAUGUGUAUAAAAUGAAAAAAAAAAAUCAAGAAUUGUUAUAAAACUUGAUGAUUUGAAUGGGAAGUUGUACAACCUUUCCAAGGCAUGUUUGUAAUAAUAACAAAAGCUAGGAGGUAAGCCAGAAUCACAUUACCAAUAUUGGUUUAGAUGCGAGUCAACUUUGUCUGGGUUCUUCUAAUAUUUCCCAGAGUGUAUGUACACAUUUCAUUUUCCAAAGGAUAGUAAGUAGAUCAUCAUAGCUCACCUCCUUCGUGUGUAAUUCAGAGAUUUUGUUUGUAGUAUAGAUUCCGGUAUAAAUCAUAGUAGUCUUAGGUUGGACAAUGCAUUUGUAAUAUAGAGAAGUACAAAUUGAGGAAAAUGUACUAGGACUUGUAUAUUUGUGCUUCAGAUUGAUGUCUCUUUUAAGUGUAAAGCAUGUGAAACCUAGAAGUUAAAACUGUAGACAUCUGUUUUUACUCUUGGAUCUAUCUUGUUAAGUAGAAAACAUUUAAUGUUGUAGAACAUUAAAGAUCUCGUCAUUGAGAACAGAUGGGUAGAUAAAAAAGAAUACUACCAACCUACUUCACAUAUAGGCAGUGACUUAAGAUGGCUCUCAGGCUCCAAAAUAUAAAAAGGCUUUUUAAUACUGCGCUCUUGGAUUUAAAGAUCCGCAUGUUAGUCUUUGCCCCAGUGCUUUCUAAAUGUUACGAGGGGUAUUUUUAAAGUAAGGUCCAUUUUGUUGUAGACACUAGUAGUUUGCGCGUACCGCAACGAGCGCGUGCGUCGUGUACCGGCAUGCCUCGGGAACAACUGCGCUCAGUUUCCGCUCUGUAGCUAACCUGUACGGUUCUGUUCUGUGCUUUAAAAAUGUUUAAGACUAUCAACUCACCCUCCGCAUGUGAGGUUCGCUCAGUGAUACGGUUUUUGUCAGCAAGGAACCUGCCUGCUGCAGAAAUUCAUCGACAGAUUUGUGAAGUGUACGGUGAUACUGUUAUGAGUGAAAG